GUAUCAUCAAACAAUUGGCCCAGGAAAAGUAUUGCCAUUGGUGCGAGGUUCCAGUAAUUGAAAAUACGCAAGCCAACUCAGUUUGGAGUCCAUGGGAAGUGGAGCCACCCUGAGGCACAGCAUGAGUUCAGGUCUGAUUGAGAACUACGUGGCAGCCAUGGUGCUGAGCGCAGUUGGUGAUACCCUGGGCUAUUACAAUAGAAAAUGGGAGUUCCUGCAGAAUGGCCAGGAGAUUCACAGGCAGCUUGCACAAAUGGGGGGGUUGGGAAACAUCUGUAUAGCAGGCUGGAAAGUCAGCGAUGACACAGUGAUGCACUUGGCUACAGCUGAAGCUCUGGUAGCUGCUGGGAAACAACCAAGUUUUCCAGAGCUCUAUUCCCUUAUAGCAAAGCACUACAAGGACUGUAUGGAUGACAUGGAUGGCAGAGCUCCAGGUACUACCUGCGUUCAAAACGCACUGGGCCUGCAGCCAGACCAACCAGAUGGCUGGAGGAUUCCAUUUAACAAGCAUGAGGGAGGAUGCGGGGCUGCCAUGCGGUCCAUGUGCAUUGGGCUGAGGUUUUGUCAUCCUGAGCAGUUGGACAGCUUGAUUCAAGUCAGCAUCGAGAGCGGUCGAAUGACCCAUCAUCAUCCAACUGGCUAUCUGGGAUCCCUGGCUUCUGCUCUCUUUACCGCCUAUGCUGUGAAUCGCAAGCCCCCUCACGAAUGGGGGAAGGGAUUGAUGGAAGUGCUGCCGCAGGCUAAAGUCUACAUCCAGAAGUCUGGCUACUUUGUGAAGGAGAACCUGAAGCACUGGUCCUACUUUGAAGAACAGUGGAAAAGAUACCUGGAGUCCAGGGGAAUUUCAGAUGGAGUGUCUGUUCCUACCUUCCCCCCCAUAUAUGGCGUGAAGGAGCGAGAUGAAUUCUAUGUCUCCCUGAGCUUCUCUGGCUGGGGCGGCAGUAGUGGGCAUGAUGCCCCAAUGAUUGCCUACGAUGCCAUACUUGGCGCUGGAAACUCCUGGACGGAGCUCGCUCACCGGGCUUUUUUCCAUGGUGGGGACUCCGAUUCUACAGCAGCCAUUGCCGCGUGCUGGUGGGGGGCCAUGUAUGGCUUUAAAGGAGUCAAUGUAUCCCUCUAUAGAGAACUGGAAUACAGAGAGAGGCUGGAGAAAAUAGCUAAGGCCCUGUAUGAGGUCAGCCAGCCAGAGGGCUAGUCCAAGCAGAGAGGUGGUUCUAGAGUUCACAAGACAAAACUAAACUUUACAAAGGUCCCUGUAUAGCUUGCGGGGCGAGGGGAGGGUUAGAUUGAUCUUGGACUGUACUUUACGACCCAUCUACCUGCAGCUCCUGAUCCACCCAGGCAAUGCUUGUGCUUCAGCAGUCUGUCUAGCCACUGCCUAGUACUAGAAUAACAGGAUUAAGGAUGAAAGUGUGAGGGGGAAAUCUGGCAUAGCAGCUGUGUUCACUCUUUUUUUUUUUUUUUUUGCCACUGCUAGCAGAAAUGCAAUCUCAGAAGCACCAAAGAGCAACGCAUGGUCAGCCAGGUUUGGAUUUUGUCAGUAACAGUAAAAGAAUUUGGUACUGGGUUGCGUUUGAGUGAAAUUUUAUAUUCCUCCACAGAACAGAACCAGCACAGAGUGCUAGUGCCAGCCUUCCCUUCUCUCACAUCCCAGUGCACUCACCCCAGACACGUAGUGAGCACCUCGACAGCUGAGAGGGGAAUAGUCUCUAGGGCCCAUUCAACCCUUGGUCCUAAGGGACCAAUUAGUGCGAAGCCCGAGGGUGGAUUUUCACAUCUUUAGUGUGGGGAAAUGCAUUUUUCUGCUUUAAGAAUGGUCAUUUGGCAUUUGUUUAAAACCUAAUUUCACAGCGUCUCUAACCAAUUGCAGAAUUUCAAGACCUUUUGUUAUGAUUAAAUAAAAAUGUCAUUAUCUCUUGCCUACUGCCGUUAAGGGGGAAGUUAAAUCCACAUACAGUCUUACCAUUCACUUAGGGUAAUUCUAACAUUAGGGACAGAAUUUGCACCUUACUUCAUCAAACUGGAUCUCAUUAUGAAGAAUUAGAAAUAGGAAAUGCCGCUUGCUUCCAUAUCCCAAUUAAGAGUUGAGACCUUUAGAGCUGUUGAAAGAUGUUCUUUUCUCAAAAUUUUAUGUAACUGCUAACACCUUUGAAAGUUUCUUGCUUUUCUGUGCAAACAGCUGAAUUCUGUGUGUCUUACUCCCAAGAUGGCAGCUUUCAAGCUGAUCAUCAUUUAUCCUAUUUAAGAUCCUUUACAAAAGAAUAAAAUUAUUACAAAAUGUAAUCUGAUAAUGCAGAACAAUUCUGCUCUAUGUGAAACAGUCUAGAUUUGCAAAUGAAUAGAAGAUAGCUGCUGCUUCACCAUGUCAGAGGUUCGCCAUUGUGCCUUUUGAUGAAUUUGCAGCAGAUAUCAAGGAAAUGCUGGAAGCGUAUGAACGAGUUUCCAAAUGAGAGGGAAAAGAGACUUGCAGUUCUGUACUUUUGCCUGGGGUGACCUCUGGUUUUUAAGUGCUCUGUCUAUAAUUAAAUAAAAGCAAAUCUUUGGCAAAUGGAAGAUAAAGCACAUAUUUCUCAUCUGAAACUGUUUAUUGGUGUUCCAUUUUGUCCUUCGUUCUCACGAGAGAGAAAGAAUGAGUUGUAUGCAUCCCUGACCAAACUUAGUGCUCAGGUCACUGAGGGUAUAUUUAUUCUUCCCUCAAAGCGCUGCAAUGUAACGCUAAGAGCUUUUGUGCUUGCAUUGAGGAGACAGGACCCCUGUGCCUAAAAGGACAAAGGUAAAGGCAAGGAGAAGAUGGACAGAUACUGUUAGGAAAGUGAAGGCCACACAACAUUGUUUGUUAACUGUGCUGAAGUGGUUUGUUUUUGUAAGGAUAGUGUGAAUGUUUCCCCCCGCCCCCUCCAGAACGUAUUUCUGCACAAGUCCGGGCUCCCAUUGCUAUAGCAGUCAUGGAAGGAGGCAUCUGCCCAUUUAUCAAAUUCAGACUUGGAAAACUGUUUCCUGCCCCCAAAUCUGUAAAACAAGCCUAAACUAGUACCACAAGAGCAACGUACCUUAGUACAUAUUCCCUCCUCUCCAGACUCCUUGUCAAGGGAACUGCUGAGGAAAACUUUAGUGGUGGACUUGGUCCGUGGAUCCAGAAGCCUUGUAGUUUUGUGUUUGCAUUUAGUCAUCAAAAUAAUUUACCCUUAGCCUCCCCAUCCCAAAAGACAGCAAGGGGCUACUAUCACUGGGAAAAGAGAAGUCAUAAGCCAGGGAUGUAUGGGGGAGGCCUCUGUCUUCUGAGAGACGCUUUAUCCCAGUUAUAUGGUGGGCAGGAGUUAAACACAUGCACAUGUGGAAAGCAUACAUUCAGCAGCUAGGCAACCUGGACCUCAGUGUCGUCCCCCCCCCAA